CAGCCGCCGCCCGCCCGCGCCUCCCGCAGCCCCGACGCCGCGAGGAUGAGGGAGAUCGUGCACAUCCAGGCCGGCCAGUGCGGCAACCAGAUCGGGGCCAAGUUCUGGGAAGUGAUCAGUGAUGAGCACGGCAUAGACCCCAGUGGCAACUACGUGGGGGAUUCAGACCUGCAGCUGGAGCGGAUCAGCGUCUACUACAAUGAGGCCUCCUCUCACAAGUACGUGCCUCGGGCCAUCCUGGUGGACCUGGAACCUGGCACUAUGGACAGCGUCCGCUCGGGGGCCUUUGGGCACCUCUUCAGGCCUGACAACUUCAUCUUCGGUCAGAGCGGGGCUGGCAACAACUGGGCCAAGGGCCACUACACAGAGGGUGCGGAGCUGGUGGACUCGGUGCUGGACGUCGUGCGGAAGGAGUGUGAGAACUGCGACUGCCUGCAGGGCUUUCAGCUGACCCACUCCCUGGGUGGGGGGACGGGGUCUGGGAUGGGCACCCUUCUCAUCAGCAAGGUGCGCGAAGAGUACCCUGACCGCAUCAUGAACACCUUCAGCGUGGUGCCCUCGCCCAAGGUGUCGGACACGGUGGUGGAGCCCUACAACGCCACGCUGUCCAUCCACCAGCUGGUGGAGAACACCGACGAGACAUACUGCAUCGACAACGAGGCUCUCUACGACAUCUGCUUCCGCACCCUCAAGCUGGCCACGCCCACCUACGGGGACCUCAACCACCUGGUGUCGGCCACCAUGAGUGGCGUCACCACCUCGCUGCGCUUCCCCGGCCAGCUCAACGCUGACCUGCGCAAGCUGGCCGUCAACAUGGUGCCCUUCCCCCGCCUGCACUUCUUCAUGCCCGGCUUCGCCCCUCUCACGGCCCGGGGCAGCCAGCAGUACCGGGCGCUGACCGUGCCCGAGCUCACCCAGCAGAUGUUCGACGCCAAGAACAUGAUGGCUGCCUGCGACCCGCGCCACGGCCGCUACCUGACCGUGGCCACCGUCUUCCGCGGCCGCAUGUCCAUGAAGGAGGUGGACGAGCAGAUGCUGGCCAUCCAGAGCAAGAACAGCAGCUACUUCGUGGAGUGGAUCCCCAACAACGUCAAGGUGGCUGUGUGUGACAUCCCACCCCGUGGCCUCAAGAUGUCGUCCACCUUCAUCGGCAACAGCACGGCCAUCCAGGAGCUGUUCAAGCGCAUCUCGGAGCAGUUCACGGCCAUGUUCCGGCGCAAGGCCUUCCUGCACUGGUACACGGGCGAGGGCAUGGACGAGAUGGAGUUCACAGAGGCAGAGAGCAACAUGAACGACCUCGUGUCCGAGUACCAGCAGUACCAGGACGCCACGGCCGAGGAGGAGGGCGAGAUGUACGAAGAUGAUGAGGAGGAGUCGGAGGCCCAGGGCCCCAAGUGAAGCCGUGUGCAGCUGGGAUGGGGGCAGGACCCCUGCCCGCCAGCCACCACCGUCCCCCAGCUUUGCUUCCCAGCAGCUGCCAGUCGCUCCACCCCUGGGGUCCCGAGUUUGUCCUCCAGUGUUCACGACUGCCCUGCUAUGUGGGUCCACUUGGCUCUGUCUCUCCCCAUUGGCCCAUCUCAGUUUUUGUGUUGUUUGUCUUGUUGCUUUAUUGUGGCUCCAGCCCUGAAGUUUUAUGGUUUUGUUUUUUUUACUGGUUUGUGUUGAUUUGGGGGGGGGGGUACUUAAUAAAUUUAUUGCUGUC